AGGAUGUCUGCUAGGAGAUUGCUUCUCUUGUUGGUGGGUGUGCGUGAGUGCCUUGGAUAUGGACUGUAGGCUUGUCUGCUGAUCUCUGGGUGGAAUUUCCAGCAGCUUCAUAUGGUUUUGAUUUCCACUGGGGGUUAAAGCUUUGCACUGUAUCUUGUCAGCCGAGGAUUACCAGAACACAGGGGGCGGUGUAACCGCCUGCUGUAAGGACACGCGUGCACGGCGGAGGAGGGCUGAAUGCCGGAACGCUGCGAACACUGCGGAUGGACUGAAACGAAUCCAGACGGCCCACGACUGACGAGGUUCUACAGAGCCGCCUGGCGGCAGAUAGCGGUGCGGCGGGGGGAACCAUGCUGCCGCUGCAAUUGUUUCCAGCCGAGCCGGGGUUCGACUCUACACUCUCUGCUUCUCGACUGACAUCAGAUGAAGUUAUUCGGAUGCGGAAUGAACUCUUUACCAAAGAGAAGGAGAGGCAGUUAUCUCUUUAUCCACGAAUUGAGAAAAUUGAAGUGAAAUACACUGGAAAAUCUCACCCUGGCAGCGUGUUUGUAAUGAACAAAGCUUUGUCUACACCGUACAACUGUGCCAUGCAUUUAAGUGAAUGGCAUUGCAAGAAAUCUGUUCUAGCUCUUGUGGAUGGUGAAGUCUGGGAUAUGUAUAGGCCCUUGACCAAGUCUUGUGAAAUUCAGUUCCUCACCUUCAAAGAUGAAGAUCCAGAGGAAGUAAAUAAGGCCUAUUGGCGUUCCUGUGCCAUGAUCAUGGCAAGUGUGUUAAAGAGGGCGUUCAAAGAUGAGUACUCUGUAAAUCUGGUUAAAGCUCCAGAAGUGCCAGUAAUCUCUGGAGCUUUCUGUUACGAUGUAAUUUUGGACAACAGACUGAAUGACUGGAAACCAACAAAAGACAAUUUCCGUUCUCUUACAAGGGAUGCCAGUAAGCUAAUUGAUAAAGACCUGCCAUUUGAAACACUGCAUGUUGAAGCAAAAGUAGCGCGUGAAAUGUUUCAGAAUAACAAGUAUAAAAUGGAGAUAAUAGACCAGAAAGCUUCUCAGAACAAGGAAGGAAUUGUAGUACUACAUAGGUUUGGUGACUUUGUCGAUGUUAGUGAAGGACCUCACAUUCCAAGGACAAGUUUCUGUUUCCAGUAUGAGAUAACAGCAGCUCACAAUCUUCAGACUAGUCAAUCUGAAUUAAUAAGGAGGUUCCAAGGCGUGUCCCUGCCAAUCCAUUUGAGGGCUCAUCACACUGUGUGGCACAAACUGCUGGAAAGAUCAAAGAGGCUGGUCACUGAGGAAAAAAGUGUGAAAGCAGCAGCAGAAAGUCAUGAGGCAAAAGAUGAAACUGAAGAAGGAAAAACUCUAUCAUUGUAAUUUAACCUCUAAAUGUACAUAAUAAAAUAGUGUGGAUUUUGGUUGUUUU